GCGGCUCCGUCAGUGUUUGUUUGACGUCGCGCCGGCUCGUAACGUAGGUUAUGUUUACACAAUGUUCAUGCCCCGCGACGUACACAGCCGUCCACGGCCACCCGUGCCUCCGCGCCCCAACAAACACAUCUUGGACGAAGCGAUCGCCAAGUCCAAGACGAAAGUGGUUUCGCCGGACGGAGUGAUAUCCGUCACUAAAAACGGAGGACCCAACUUCAAAAACGGACACCAAGCCUUGGGCCAACACGUGCACGAAAACGGCCAUCGCAGACCCACGGUGCUGUUGAUCACCAACGGCAAAACCCUGGUGCAGGACUUCCACAAGGAACCGUCACCGCCGAGGAUCAAACAUUCCGCGUGGUACGAGGUGGAGGAGAGCGGUCGUCCUGUAAAGUACUCUAGUUGUCAGAUAACUCUAGAUGGCUCUUCUUCUUCCAGCGGCAGUCCGCCUCCCCGUCCGCGGCCCAGCAUGUCCUCACUGCAAGGACUUCCUCCACUACCCAAGAGCCUCAGUGGUAUCAACCUGAUGGACAGUGUUAAAGUGUCUACCCCCGUGGUGCAAGACUCUCCUAGAAGUUCUACGACGCAUCAGCUAAGGAUACCUUCUACACCGCCGCCGCCGCCUCCUAGUGAGCCCAAGAAACAGUUACCCCAGAGGAAGAUGACUACCCUGGACACCCAGCUGGCGAUCCUCAGGAAGGAGAUGUUCAGUCUUCGAGAGCUCGAUCUGUCACUACUAUCUCAGUUGUGGUCACUCAACGAGUCUAUUCAAGAGUUUCGUCAGAUGCAAGAGGCUUUCUCUCCACCCUCCCCUUCGUCAGAUGUUGAGGACGAUGUCAUAUACUCCAACUUGAGCGCUCUCCCAGAGCAUCAAGCCUACCCAUUGUCCAGCAGUUCCUCUCGAUCAAGCACUAUGGACCUUGGUGACGUGUAAGAAGAUUGUUGUG